CCAACUUCCUGCUGCCAACCACCUUACCCCUGCAUCGACCGAUGCUGAAAGGCACCAGGAUUCAACCAACAGAGUAAAGUCGACGUCAAAGACAAGCAACCGAUUAUUCAACAUUCCAGGCCAAGAGUGGCGGAUGACCAACCCAGCAGGUGAUAUCGAUCGCCUUCUGUUCCGAGAGAAUACCGAUCUAGCAUCACCUGUUUGGCAAGACUUUCAUCACUGAAAUCGCUGAUCAGCCGGCGAGAACGCAUAAAUACGCUGUUCGCUCUCUUUGGGCCCUGAUUUCCUACGACCGAAUCCCGCAUUUUAUUCCCCGCUUUGCAUGUGAUACCCUUCCUACACGAACAACAUGCCCGUAACCGCCGAUAUCAAAGAGCUAGCGGAGGAGUGGCUGCGACUGGAUGAAGACAAAACCACCACCGACGAGAUCUACAAACUGCUCAAUCGGGGAGACAACGAUGAAUUGGAGAAACGCCUCCGGUAUCGCAUCACGUUCGGUACCGCAGGAUUACGCGGACCCAUGCAAGCUGGAUUCGCCUGCAUGAACUCGCUGACCGUCAUUCAAGCGUCCCAAGGUCUGGCGGCAUAUCUUCUUAAGAACGAGCAAGAAGUCAAACAACGAGGCGUGGUCAUCGGUCGCGAUGCGCGCCAUAACUCGGCAAAAUUCGCCAAACUGGCGGCUGCGGCAUUCGUCGCCAAGGGGAUAAAGGUCUGGUGGUACGAGACACCCACACAUACGCCUCUGGUUCCGUUUGGUGUCCGGGAGCUGGGUGCUGUUGCCGGAGUCAUGAUUACCGCGAGUCACAACCCUGCCCAGGACAACGGCUACAAGGUGUACUGGUCGAACGGCUGCCAGAUCAUUCCUCCGCACGAUGUUGGUAUCGCGAAGGCGAUCCUGGAGAAUUUGAAGCCUGUCACCUGGGACACAUCCGUUGUGGAUAGCCCGAGCCUCCUCGUCGAGGGUUCUCUCGGGCUAAUCCGAGACCAAUAUCAUCGAGCAAUUCAAGCGGCAGUAUCACCGGACGGCGAGAAAGUCCCCGUGGACCCGAAUCUCAAGUUUGUGUACACUCCUAUGCACGGCGUAGGACUAAGAGCAAUGACCCGGUGCGUGAAGGAUCUCGGCAUAGCAUCACAAAUGACCGUCGUGGAAACGCAAGCAGAGCCGAAUCCGGACUUUCCAACCGUGAAAUUCCCAAACCCAGAGGAGAAGGGCGCGUUGGAUCUAGCGAUGGAGACGGCGGAUGCAUCGUCAAUAUCGCUGAUACUGGCAAGCGACCCCGAUGCUGAUCGAUUAGCCACGGCCGAGAAGGUUUCUGGCACCUGGCACACAUUUACUGGCAACGAGCUAGGCAUAUUGCUUGCGUCUUAUCUGUUUGAGCGGUACCCGAAGUCGAAACCACGAGAAAAGCUCGCUAUGCUAGCAUCGACCGUCAGCUCACGGAUGCUCCUCGCACUAGCCAAGAAGGAAGGCUUCCACUAUGCCGAAACCCUGACUGGCUUUAAGUGGCUCGGUAACGUAGCGCGCGAUCUCACGAAGCAAGGCUAUGACGUGGUGUUCGCAUUUGAAGAAGCUCUAGGAUACAUGAUACCUCAAACCGUUCACGACAAGGACAGCAUCAGCGCAGCAGCCAUCUUCCUAGCCGCGGCAUCGCGCUGGUCCAGUCAAGGUCUCACCCCAUAUGCGAAACUACAACGGCUCUACGAAUACCUAGGCCACUUCGAAGACGCGAACACGUACCUCAUUUCGCCUUCGCCGACUACUACGGCCAAGGUCUUCACGGCGAUACGUGCUUUGGGCGACCCGUACCCUACGCAAUUGGGAUCGCGCAGGAUUGCGCGAUGGAGGGAUCUAACCGAGGGGUAUGACUCCAAGAGCAAGGACCACGUCCCAGAUCUGCCGGUCGAUAAGGCUAGCCAGAUGAUCACCUGCGAGCUAGACGACGGCGCCGUCUUUACGGUACGAGGCUCAGGGACUGAACCCAAGAUCAAGCUGUACAUCGAGUGCAGCGCAACGAGCAGCGUGGAGGCGAAGAAGGGGGCAAAUGAGAUAUUGAGCGAUUUACUGAGGGAAUGGUUCAAGCCUGAUGAGAAUGGCUUGAAGCUUGCUUGAAGGGUUAAACUCGACCUGGAGGGAAUAUGUUGGGAAUUGGUGUAUGGAUAGACGGGACUUGGAAGACGCAUGGACGUGUGCACGGGGCUGGCGUAGGCGCUCGUUAUCGUGCCACAGGUUACACAGAGUGGAACUAGUCUAGUACAGCCCACCCGGGAGGUUACACCAAACGUAGAAGGAAGUCGCCCGCCGCACGUCGAGCCUUCGUCAACAACGCGCGGUUUAGACUAUUUCCCGCACGAUAUGCAGAGGGCGCUUGGCGUGCAGGUGGUGCAGGUGGCGAAGUUCGCAAACACAGGAAGGAGCACCAUCGUGCCUUCCUCUUCCCGUACUCGGAAGUCUCAAUUUUGUUAGACUUCACCUCCAGGGCUAUG